AUGAAGAGGAUUGAGUUUUCCGAGCCGAUCUCGAUUUCCGGAACUAAUGCGAAAUUUUCGCCUCUUGGAAAGUAUUUGGCAUUCGUCUAUGCAAACAAGAUCUGCGUUCUCCAAAGUGACAGUCUCCAAACGCUGACCAUUCUAACGACCAUCGAUCAAGUGAAACACUUCGAAUGGAGUCCCGACUCGCAACUGAUCCUUGCCGUCAUGCCCGGGCGAAACAAACUUCAAGCCUUCGACAUUACCGAUAGCAAAUGGACAUGUUCCAUCGAUGCAGGGCCGCUUGGGUUAGAGUGGGCUACAUUUUCGCCAGACUCGAGGCAUAUCAUUUACGCCAACGAAUUUCAUUUGAUGCUUUCUGUCGUUUCUCUUGUCGACAAAUCUGUGAGGACUAUUGAGUGGCCGAAAAACCCGGCCGAGAACUUGAAGUUUACCCCUUGUGGUAGCUUGAUGAUUGUAGGUGAACGGAAAAACACAAAGCAUCAAGACGCGAUCUCCGUGAUUCGACUAUCUGACUGGAAACUCGACGAGCAUUUCGAGACGGAAACGCAAGAUUUCAAAUCAAUCCAAUUAGACCUUACCGGCGGAGCAAUCGCCCUUUCUGACCCUCUUCCAGAGCCAAGGGUAACCAUCUAUUCAAUUACUGGGCAGAAAUACGCAACAGUUGAUUCUGGUUGCAAUUCAAUUUGCAAAUUCUCCCCGACUUCACAGUUUCUCGCGAUUGAAAAUUCUUUCAAAAUUGAUAUCUUAAACACGAUUACUUGGACAAAGAUUGCUGUGUGCUCCGCGGAAACAAAUCCAGCAGAAGUUGUUUACGAAGAAACAACCAAUGGAUUCACUGUCUCAAGGAAACAUUUCGACAAUUAUAUCAGUGACGAAGAAGCUCCUAACUUCACACAUACCAAGUUCUCUGCAACGAAUCGCUAUCUUUCGACCGUCCAAGGCCAAUGCGUUUUGAUCUUCAGUGUUGAAUUCAUGCAAACUGUUGUGGGAAUUUAUUUCAAAGAAAAAGUGAAGGCGAUUGAAUGGAGCCCAGUCGAGAAUCGACUCAGCAUCGGAACGAGCAAUGGAAACCUGUAUCUUUGGAGUCCAGGAGGAACAAUGCUGGUAAAAGUGCCCCACCACGGCAUCAACACAAAGAAACUCAUGUGGAAUCAAACUGGCGAGAGCUGCAUAAUCUACUCCAAGGACAAAUGCUCGAUUGCCUUUUUUGAUGGCGAUGAGAAAGAAAAAUCGGCAAAGAUGGCGACUCCUGAGCCACUUGGAAAGGCAAACUUGAACAUUAUCAACCGAGCUUGA